AUGCCUGAAGAGAAGAUGAUGGACAAGAUCGAAGACGAUAGCUCUAGAGAGAUAGGCGUCCUCGAAUACGACAGCUCUCCAGACAGCAUCGCCCCUCAUGAACGACGUCCAUCUAACUGCGACAGCAUCGAGCUCCAGCGCAUCAGCACUUACCGUCUUCAGCAGCAGCAGACCGUGGGUAGUUGCCACAAUCGUCCUCCCAAAGAUGAGUGGUUGCCAAUGGGAGCUACCAAGCCGUAUCCUCCUUCUUUGCCCGACCCUGAGAACUAUGUUGUCGAGUUCGAGGGAGCAGAGGAUCCUAUGCAUCCGCAGAACUGGCCCAUGCACAACAGAAUUUUCCUGGCUGCACUCUUGACUUUCAGCGCGUACGUCUGUGCAUAUACCAGUGCCAUGUUUCCAACCGCUGCUCAGGGUGUGCAGAACGAAUUUGGAUUUGGUCAGGAAGUCGCUGCCCUAGGAACCACUGUGUAUGUUUUGGGCUUCGCCGCUGGACCAACCAUUUGGGCGCCUGGCUCCGAGUUGCUGGGUCGUCGAGGACCGUUGUUGGUUGGUAUCUUUGGCUUCAGUAUCUUCACGAUCGCUUGCGCCGCCGCCAAAGAUACGCAGACGAUUAUGUUGGCACGUUUCUUCUCUGGAUUCUUUGCUGCGAGCCCGAUUGCCUUGGUCCCUGCGAGUCUGUCGGAUCUGUUUAACAGCGUUCAUCGCGGAGUGGCUGUUGGCAUGUACACCAUGGCAGUCUUUAUUGGACCCUUUACGGCGCCGAUCAUCGGCGGGUUUACCGCAUCGAACCUGGGCUGGCGAUGGACCCUUUACAUUCCCUCGUUCUUCGGCUUCUUCGUUCUCACGUUACUCGUGCUCCUCGGACGUGAAACAUACGCUCCAACCAUCCUCGUCGAGAAAGCCACCAUUCUCCGCCGCCAAACCCGCAACUGGGGCAUCCAUGCACGCCAGGAUGAGCUGGAAAUCGACUUCCGCGAACUGAUUACCAAGAAUUUGGCUCGUCCUGUGCGACUGCUCUUCACUGAGCCCAUUGUGUUUCUCCUGACGCUGUACAUGUCCUUCAUCUAUGGUCUCGCCUAUGCCCUGUUGCAGGCGUAUCCCGUUGUCUUUGGCGAAGUGUAUGGUAUGCCGGCCGGAGUCAACGGAUUACCUUUUAUCGCUUUGAUCCUCGGCUUGAUUCUCGGUACUUUAUUCGUGCUUUCUCUGCAAAAGUCUUACAUUGAGAAGCUCAAAGACAACAACAACGUUCCUGUGCCCGAGUUCGGAUGGACGGGAUUUACCACUUCGAUCCAUUGGAUGGCACCUACCGCAGCUGGUCUCCUCGUGGGCUUCGGUAUGGUCACGAUCUUCAUGCAGGGAUGGAACUACCUUCUGGAUUCAUACCUCAACUUCGCGGCAUCCGCCUUCGCUGCCAACACGAUGCUCCGAUCCCUCGUCGGCGCGUGCUUCCCACUCUUCGCCAAACAAAUGUUCGAAAACCUGGGCGUGCAGUGGGCCGGGACAUUGAUCGGGUGCAUCGCGACCUUGAUGAUCCCGAUUCCUAUCGCCUUCCGUCUCUACGGACCGAAGCUUCGCCAGAAGAGUCGCCUUUCGCCUACUAGAGUGUGA